AUGAAGCCUAGAGCGUCAAACAAAAGCGAUCAAAAAGAUCGUAUUGGAAACGAGGAUGUGCGAAAUGCAGCUCAAAAUCCAUUUCUUGAUAAUAACGCAUGGAACGAGGGUAAUUACAAUCCUCCGCCUAUAGGAAGCUCUGAUAUUGAUCGUGUUGCUGAAUCGGACUACCGCGGAUAUUACUCUAGACACCAACAAGGGGCAGCACAGAGCAGUAGAACUGGGCCUCAAGUUCCUCAACAGAACUCAGGAAUCAGUGCAGGGCAAAUUGUGCCGCCAAGCAGGCAUCCUAAGAGACAGCAACCACAGCAUUCCGGUCGUUCUAUGACCUCUAUGCCAGGGGUUGCUUACGAUAGGUAUCCAGUUAGUUCGAGGGUUACAUCUAUGGUUGGUAUGAGCCAAGCGCUAGGUAUUAACGGUGGCGAAAGACAUGGUGCUCAUCAUGGCCAGGGAACAGCCUCGGGUUCGUCGGGAUCUGAGGACGUAUCGAUGCUUUCGUUAGAAUCUUCCAAUCCAUUUAUUGGUGAUCAUGAUUUUUCUCCUUUCGGAGGCUACCCAGCGUCCUCUUUUCCGUUAUUGCUCAGCGAGAAAGAGGACGACGACUACUUGCAUAAUCCAGAUCCUGAAGAGGAGGCGCGUUUGGACAAAAGGCGGUUUCUGUUGGACUUUAAGCAUAUGGACCAUCGUUCCGCUGGAGGCUUAGCGGGUUUAUGUGCAAUGUUUUUGGGCGCUAUUGUCGUUUUUAUCGUUAUACCUGUUCUAACUUAUACAGGUGCUGUCGAUCAUGGUAAGGCAAAUUUGGCGGAGCUGCUUACCGAGUAUGAAUACCCUCAACUGUCUGCCAUAAGGAUGGCUCUAGUUGAUCCCGAUACUCCUGCUAAUGCAAAUAAAUGGAAGGCCCUCGAUGGUAGUGAUUGGGAAUUGGUCUUUAGCGACGAAUUUAACGCUAUUGGUAGGACUUUCUAUGACGGUGAUGACCAAUUUUGGACCGCGGCGGAUAUGCACUAUGACGCUACAAAGGAUUUAGAAUGGUAUUCCCCUGAUGCAGCUACAACUACCGAUGGUGUAUUAAAGCUAAGGUUGGAUGCAUACAAAACCCACGAUCUAUACUACAGGUCAGGUAUGUUGCAAUCCUGGAACAAGCUAUGUUUUACCCAGGGUGCCAUAGAGAUUUCAGCCAACCUUCCCGGUUAUGGUAUAUUUCAAGGUGUUUGGCCAGGUUUGUGGACAUUAGGUAAUUUGGCUAGACCAGGUUAUUUGGCCAGUGCCGAAGGUGUGUGGCCAUAUUCCUACGAGUCUUGUGAUGCAGGUAUUACUCCUAACCAGUCGUCUACUGAUGGUAUUUCUUAUUUGCCAGGCCAAAGAUUAAGUGCUUGUACCUGUGAUGGUGAAGAUCAUCCUAAUCAAGGUGUUGGUAGAGGUGCUCCUGAAAUUGAUAUUCUCGAAGGAACUGUCGAUGCAAAACUUGGGAUUGGUGUUGUCUCGCAGUCAUUGCAAGUUGCACCAUUUGACGUUUGGUACAUUCCAGAUUAUGAGUUCAUUGAGAUUUACAACAUAUCUAUUACCCAGAUGAACACAUAUUGUGGAGGUCCUUUCCAACAGGCUGUUUCUGCUGUGUCUACUUUGAACCCAGAUUGGUAUGAAUUUGGUCCAACUGCCGGUCUGUACCAAUCAUACGCUUUCGAAUAUUUGAACGAUAAGGAUAAUGGUUAUAUCUCUUGGUUAGUGGGUAGAGAAAGAACGCACACAAUGUACUCUACAGCUUUACAUCCAAACGGUAAUGUCGAUUGGAGACCAAUUAGUAAAGAGCCCAUGUCAAUUAUUAUGAAUUUGGGUUUCUCUACAAACUGGGUGUAUAUUGAUUGGACACACCUUUACUUCCCUAUGGUUAUGUCGGUUGAUUACGUCAGGAUAUAUCAACCUCCAGGCGCUAAGAGUAUCACUUGUGAUCCACCUGACCACCCAACAUACCAAUACAUUCAAGAUCAUUUGAACGCGUAUACGAAUGCAAAUCUGACAUCUUGGGCAGAUGCUGGUUACACUUUCCCAAAGAAUAUACUAACCGGCAAAUGUGUGUCAUCAAAAUUUAAGAAGAAUAAUUAA